AUGAGAGAGAUCGAGCACAGAACAUUCAAUUCCCCGCUUGCCAUCCACUAUCCGAGGCUGUAUUUGCGUUACGUUGACGACAUCCUCAUAGCGUGGGAAGACACAGAUGAGACGUUCCUCAUCUUUAUGCAGCAACUGUCAAGCAUAUAUCCUUCCAUCAAUUUCUCUUGGGAAAAAGAAAGCGAUGCGGCAAUAACGUUCUUAGACCUGCAUAUAAGUAAGUCUUCGGAAGGACUACAAUUCUCGGUUCAUCACAAGUCCAGCAUAGCUCCACAUAUUAUACCAGCAGAGGCUUUUCAGCCUUCUCGAUAUGUCAAUGCUGCCAUUGCCGCUCUCGUUAGAAGGGCUUACUUACUAUCAUCUUCGCAAGAGCUGGUAAACAUGGAGUUAGACAACAUAAGUUUGGGGGUACGCACUGCUGGCUUUUCACGUGCAAAAUUUACGCACGUGCUCAAUAUGGUAAAGAAAUCACUGUUUCCAAGUACCACAUUAUGCAGCAAAAGAGAAUUUUCAAUGGUACAAACAUCGUUGCCAUACCUGGGACCCCUCUCUAUACGUAUCUGCAGAAUCUUUAAGCAGCACGGCCUUAUACUACCACUAACCCCACUUCCAAACCUACGCAAACUCAUUUGUAAUGAUAGGGACAAAUUUUCCACGCUUGAGAAGUCGGGGGUCUAUGCUGUACCUCUGGAAAACCUUACAACGGGAGUAAAUGCAAGAUAUGUCGGGGCCACUACUAGAAUGCUUGCCAGCCGACUAGAAGAGCACCAAAACGAUGUUGCGAGGGGUAGACACACCACCGAGCUCGCAAGAAAAGUACUUGAGCAGGGUUACAACCCGCUAUGGUCCCAAGCGGUUAUGCUCAAGAGCUGUAAGGAUCGAAAAAUCGUAUUUAUAUGGGAGUCUCUUCUUACUACCACCUUGGACACGUGCAACAUUCCAACUCUCGAGCUGCCCAGUGUAUGGGUCACACUAUACAAGCAAUUAAGUAAAAAUUAG